AUGAGCGAUACAAAUAAUAAUAAUAAUAACAUACCAGCCAAUACCAAUAAUACCAAUAAUAAUAAUGUAUCAGAUACAUUUUCACAAAAAGCUGCAAAUGAUAUAGCAACACCAGUUCUUCCAGUACAAGAGGACCUUCAAAAGUCAACUAAAGAAAUGUUUACUAAAGUUUCAGAUUAUAUAAAAGGGGAGCUAUCAACUACUGUUGCCGAUUACAAUUUAUUAAUUCAAAUGAAUAAUAUAACAACAUCCAAAUAUCAAGAUAUGACAAAUAUAACUAAAGGUCUUUCAGUUUAUAUGGGUGAUUUAAAAUUAAAAUAUGAAGAAUUUCAGCCAUAUUUUGAAAAAAUUAAUGAAUUAGAUAAAAAUGUGACCGAAUUAGAAAAAACUGUACAAUUAUUAGACGAAUACACAAAAAGAUUAGAACAAAAAGUUAAAAAUAUUGAUAAAAGUGCUUUACUUCCAGUUAAACCAACACAACCACAACCAACACAACCAGUUCAACAACCAGUCCAACAACCAGUCCAACAACCAACACAACCAGUUCAACAACCAGCCCAACCAAAUACUAAUCCAGAAACAAACUAA